CUACGUUCUGUAUCUGCCACCCCUCUCUGCCAAUCCCUCCACUGGCCUCCACUAAGUGUCCUCCACCCCUCUCUGCCAAUCCCUCCACUGGCCUCCACUCAGUGUCCUCCAUCUCUCUCUGCAAAUCCCUCCACUGACCUCCAUUCAGUGUCCUCCACCCCUCUCUGCCAUUCCCUCCACUGGCCUCCAUUCAGUGUCCUCCACCCCUCUCUGCCAAUCCCUCCACUGGCCUCCAUUCAGUGUCCUCCACCCCUCUCUGCCAAUCCCUCCACUGGCCUCCAUUCAGCGUCCUCCAUCCCUCUCUGCCAAUCCCUCUACUGGCCUCCAUUCAGCGUCCUCCACCCCUCUCUGCCAAUCCCUCCACUGACCUCCAUUCAGUGUCCUCCACCCCUCUCUGCCAAUCCCUCCACUGACCUCCAUUCAGUGUCCUCCACCCCUCUCUGCCAAUCCCUCCACUGACCUCCACCCCUCUCUGCCAAUCCCUCCACUGGCCUCCAUUCAGUGUCCUCCACCCCUCUCUGCCAAUCCCUCCACUGGCCUCCAUUCAGUGUCCUCCACCCCUCUCUGCCAAUCCCUCCACUGGCCUCCAUUCAGUGUCCUCCACCCCUCUCUGCCAAUCCCUCCACUGACCUCCACCCAUCUCUGCCAAUCCCUCCACUGGCCUCCAUUCAGUGUCCUCCACCCCUCUCUGCCAAUCCCUCCACUGGCCUCCAUUCAGUGUCCUCCACCCCUCUCUGCCAAUCCCUCCACUGGCCUCCAUU